CCCGGACUUGGCGCCCAUUUCAUUUCGCCGCCCCACCCAAAACCCAAAUCUGAUCUAGGGUUCCUUCCUUCUCCCCGUUCCCCCCCACACACAACAGCACGAGCGGAGGCUGCAGAGCCGAGCGGCGCAGGCGAUUCUCCUCCUCUCCCCGCGCCCCGCGUACCGCGCGCGCGCGCUGGGGAGCAUGGGCGGCGGCGGUGGCGGCGAUGGUCGGCGGCGGAGGCCGUCGGCCGGAGGAGGAGGAGGGGGAGGGGGAAGGGGAGGCGGUUGGAGGUCUGGGUCGUCGGCGGCGAAGGACCAGCGGCUGCGGCUCGGAGCGGAGGAGCUCCUGGAGAGCAGGCUUGGCUUUGCGCCCUACACCGACAGCGAGCGCCGGCUCGGAUGGCUCCUGACCUUCUCCCCGUCAUCAUGGGAGGAUGAGGACACUGGGAAGAUAUACAGCUGUGUUGACCUAUACUUCGUGUCCCAGGACGGUUCUACAUUUAAAGUGAAAUACAAAUUUCCCCCUUACUUUUAUGCUGCGACUAAGGAUAAGAUGGAGUUAGAAGUCGAGGCAUAUCUCAGGCGACGUUAUGAAGGCGACAUUGCUGACAUAGAAAUUAUUGAGAAAGAAGAUCUUGAUCUAAAAAACCACCUUUCUGGUUUGAAGAGGAAAUAUUUGAAGAUCCAGUUUGAUACCGUACAGCAAUUAAUGCGUGUGAGAAGUGACCUAUUGCAUGUUGUUGAAAAGAAUGAAGAAGAACUAAAUGCUGCAGAGGCAUUUGAAUCAAUUUAUGGUGUAAAAAGGGUAGAAAGGCCACAAGAUUACAUAAAUUGCAUCAUUGAUUUGCGUGAAUAUGAUGUUCCAUAUCAUGUUCGUUUUGCUAUCGAUAAUGACGUGAGGUGUGGACAGUGGUACGAUGUUAGCGUAUCUAGCUCUGAUGUUUUGCUUCACAGAAGGGAAGAUCUACUACAGCGUGCAGAAGUUCAUGUAUGUGCAUUUGAUAUUGAAACCACGAAGCUGCCUCUGAAGUUUCCAGAUGCUGAGUAUGACACUGUAAUGAUGAUCUCUUACAUGAUUGAUGGGCAAGGAUACCUGAUAAUCAACCGAGAGUGUGUAGGGGAAGAUAUUGAAGAUUUGGAGUAUACACCUAAACCAGAAUUUGAGGGGCAUUUUAAAGUUAAGAAUGUCGCAAAUGAGUUGGAUCUACUCAAAGCUUGGUUUUCUCACAUGCAAGAGGUUAAGCCUGGUAUUUAUGUUACAUACAACGGCGACUUUUUUGACUGGCCAUUUUUGGAGAAGAGAGCUGCUCAUCAUGGGAUUAAAAUGAAUGAGGAGAUUGGAUUCCAAUGUGAUAAUAAUCAAGGCGAAUGCCGAGCUAAAUUUUCUUGCCAUCUUGACUGUUUUGCUUGGGUGAAGCGAGACAGUUACCUUCCACAAGGAAGUCAUGGUCUAAAGGCUGUUACAAAAGCUAAGUUAGGCUAUGAUCCUCUGGAGGUUAAUCCAGAAGAUAUGGUUCGGUUUGCAAUGGAGCAGCCUCAGACAAUGGCUUCUUACUCUGUAUCAGAUGCUGUUGCAACAUACUAUCUAUACAUGACUUACGUCCAUCCAUUUAUCUUUUCCCUUGCAACCAUUAUACCUAUGUCACCUGAUGAGGUUUUACGGAAAGGAAGUGGGACAUUGUGUGAAAUGCUGCUAAUGGUCCAGGCAUUCAAGGCUAAUAUUAUUUGUCCUAACAAGCACCAAGCUGAUCUAGAGAAGUUCUACAAUAACCGUCUAUUGGAAAGCGAAACUUAUAUUGGUGGUCAUGUUGAGUGUCUUGAAACUGGUGUAUUUAGAUCUGAUCUUCCUACGAAGUUCCAACUUGAACCGUCAGCAUGUGAGCAACUGAUUGCAAAUCUUGAUCGUGAUCUGCAAUAUGCCAUUUCCGUAGAAGGAAAAUUAGAUAUUGAUUCUGUCACAAACUACGAUGAAGUCAAGGAUGCCAUUAAACAGAAGCUAGUUUCUUUGCGAGAUCACCCUAUUCGUGAAGAAUGUCCACUUAUAUAUCAUCUGGAUGUUGCUGCGAUGUAUCCAAAUAUCAUUUUGACAAAUAGGCUCCAGCCACCAUCCAUAGUUACCGAUGUGGACUGCACAGCAUGUGAUUUCAAUCGUCCUGGAAAGAAUUGCCUUCGGACGCUUGAAUGGGUAUGGCGAGGAGAGACCUACAUGGCAAAAAAGAGUGACUAUCAUCAUAUAAAGAGGCAAAUUGAGUCAGAGAUGAUUCAAGCUGGUGGGGUGACACCUUCAAAGCCUUUUCUUGACCUCUCAAAACCAGAGCAUUUACUAAAACUGAAGGAUCGUUUGAAGAAGUACUGCCAAAAGGCAUAUAAAAGAGUAGUUGACAAACCAAUUACAGAAGUGAGGAACGCUGGAAUAUGCAUGCGUGAAAAUUCCUUCUAUGUAGACACAGUACGAAGCUUUCGUGAUAGAAGGUAUGAGUACAAAGGUCUUAACAAAUCAUGGAAAGGAAAACUGGCAGAAGCAAAAGCCAAUGGAAAUUCUAUCAAAAUUCAGGAAGCACAGGACAUGGUUGUGCUCUAUGAUUCGUUGCAACUUGCCCACAAGUGUAUAUUGAAUUCGUUUUAUGGAUAUGUUAUGCGCAAGGGUGCAAGAUGGUAUUCUAUGGAAAUGGCUGGUGUUGUUACAUAUACUGGUGCAAAGAUUAUCCAAAAUGCUCGUCUACUUGUAGACAAAAUUGGAAAGCCACUGGAACUAGAUACUGAUGGCAUUUGGUGUGUUCUUCCUGGUUCUUUUCCAGAGAACUUUACCUUCAAGACAAAUGCUGGGAAGAAGCUCACGAUAUCCUAUCCCUGUGUGAUGCUUAAUGUUGAUGUUGCGAGAAACAACACUAAUGAUCAAUAUCAAACAUUGAAUGACCCAGUAAAUAAGCUAUAUACAACACACAGUGAAUGUUCCAUUGAAUUUGAGGUAGAUGGACCUUACAAGGCUAUGAUUCUACCUGCCUCUAAAGAGGAAGGGGUUCUUCUAAAGAAAAGGUAUGCGGUCUUUAAUGAAGAUGGUACCUUGGCAGAACUUAAAGGUUUUGAAAUCAAGCGUAGAGGUGAGCUGAAGCUCAUCAAAGUUUUUCAGGCAGAGGUAUUUGACAGAUUUCUUCAUGGUUCAACUUUAGAGGAAUGCUAUACAGCUGUUGCUUCUGUUGCUAAUCGUUGGUUAGACCUACUGGAUAACCAAGGAAUUGAUAUUUCCGACAAUGAGUUGCUUGAUUUCAUAUCUGAGUCUAGCACAAUGAGUAAAUCCCUAGUUGACUAUGGAGAACAAAAAUCAUGUGCUGUAACAACAGCAAAAAGACUAGCUGAAUUCCUCGGGGAUUCAAUGGUAAAAGACAAAGGGCUGCAUUGCCAAUACAUAGUUGCCCGGGAGCCACAGGGCACUCCAGUGAGUGAGCGUGCUAUUCCAGUAGCUAUCUUUGAGACGGAUGCUGAAAUUGCAAAGUUUUAUUUAAGAAAAUGGUGUAAAAUCUCCUCUGAAGCGAGCAUCCGAUCUAUUGUUGACUGGUCUUACUAUAAGCAACGCCUAAGCUCUGCUAUUCAGAAGAUUAUAACGAUUCCUGCAGCAAUGCAAAAGAUUUCGAAUCCUGUUCCUCGAGUUCUUCAUCCUGAUUGGUUGCACAAAAAGGUCAGAGAGAAAGAUGAUCGAUUUCGCCAGCGCAAACUACGUGAUAUGUUCAAUCCUUUGGAGAAGGACAGGGGGGUGCAGAAUUUGGAUGGGACAGGAGAUAUGGAAGAUUUAUUAACGCUGGAUGGUGGUAUGAGAAAAAGUCAUGUACCCAAUGGUUUUGGAAAAGAAAAUAAACCAAACGACGCACCAUCAACAGAAGCUGGUUCAAAGCAUAGCAAGAAUAAACAAAAAUCUAUAACUAGGUCAAAUGAACCCCUUGCCGUACAUAUUCAAAAUGAUGCUGCUGAUGAACAAGUUGAUAGAAGUACUGAUUAUCAAGGAUGGCUUGAUGCUAAGAAGAGAAAAUGGAAAUAUGUUCGUGAGCAAAAAAAGCGUCAAAGGUUGGGUGCUGCAGUCACUUCUGAUGGUCCCACCAAUGAUUUGUUUUCUGCAAGGAAUGUCGGUCAGUUACAUGGCAAUGCUAGGAACCGGUCUACAUUUUUCCAGAAACAAGAAUUGGCCCUCUUUAGAUCACAUUGGCAGAUAAUACAGCUUGCUUCGAGUACAUUGCCUGGCCACUUUUUUGCAUGGGUUGUUGCUGAGGGGAUCAUGUUCAAGAUUCCUAUCAAUGUGCCAAGAGUCUUUUACCUAAACUCGAAAGCUCCUGUCACAGAAGAGUUUCCAGGGAGGCGUGUAAAGAAGAUUCUUCCACAUGGAAGGCCAUGUUUCAAUCUCAUUGAGGUUGUAACUAGUGAAGAACAGUUCAGGGUGGAGGGCAAAAAGCUUGCUGCCCAUCUUGCAGAGCCAGAUGUUGAGGGAAUAUACGAGACGAAAAUUCUGCCAGAGCUCAAUGCCAUUCUCCAAAUUGGUUGUGUGUGCAAAGUGGAUAAGUCUGCAAAAAGACGAAGUAUCCAAGAUGGAUGGGAUCUUGCUGAAUUGCAAAUGAAGACAACUGCAGAGUGUUCAUACCUGGAACAGACCGUUUCAUUUUUCUAUCUAUACCACAGCUUGUCAGAAGGAAGGGGUGUAUAUGUCAUGUACUUCCCUACAUCUUUCAGAAUACAUGCAGUGGUUGUCAAUCCGUUCCGCAAUAAAGAGCUAUCGCCAUCAUUUCUUGAAAAGCAAUAUCGAGAUGCUUGUCAAGCUCUUGGCUCUCUGCAUGAAAACAUCACUUUCCUUGUGGAUUACCACACAUCAAUUGAUGCAGGUAGCAAGCAUGUGCAAAGAAUGUUACUUGAAUACAGACAACAACAUCCUGGACCUGUCAUAGGCGUCAUAGAAUGCCCUAAACUCCAAGCUCUAAAGUCAGCUGUACGGGCACUUGAUGAUUUCCCGUGUGUAACCAUUCCUUGCAAUGCACGGGAUAACAACUAUCAGGCUCUUGGUUGGCAAGCGACAGCUGGUAGAACAAGCAUGCAACGUUGUGCUGCAUCAACCCAAUGGUUUAAUGAAAGAAUUUCACUUGCUAGAUAUGCACAUGUCCCAUUGGGAAACUUUGAACUGGAUUGGCUUCUUUUCACCGCUGACGUGUUCUUUUCAAGGGCAUUGCGUGAUCAACAGCAGGUACUAUGGAUAUCUGACGAUGGUAUUCCCGAUUUAGGAGGCACAUAUGAAGGAGAUACUUGCUUUGCUGAUGAAGUCAUCCAGCCUGCUCUUACUUAUCCUGGUGCGUAUAGACGAGUUGCUGUUGAGCUUAAGAUCCAUCAUUUGGCUGUCAAUUCUCUCCUAAAGAGCAGUCAAGUAGAUGAAAUGGAAGGAGGGCCGAUCGGUAGCUUUGCAAAUGACAUGCCUGCUGGUCCAAAUGGCACUGAAACUGAAUUCGAUGAUGCUACCUUAUGUCUACCUGCUUUCCAAGUGCUGAAGCAACUCAUUCAGCGAUGCAUUUCAGAUGCAGUAUCUUCUGGAAAUGUGUUUGCUGAUGCAAUAUUGCAACAUCUCUACCGUUGGCUUUGCAGCCCACGAUCGAAACUUCAUGACCCAGCUCUCCAUCAUCUUCUUCAUAAUGUCAUGAAGAAGGUCUUUGCUCUCAUGUUGGCAGAGUUUCGAAAGCUUGGAGCUAAUGUCAUCUUUGCGAACUUUUCUAAGAUAAUAAUAGAUACUGGAAAAGUUGACCUGUUGUCAGCACGUGCAUACUGUGAUAGCUUACUGAAAACAUUGCAGACAAGGGAUAUUUUUGAGUGGGUGGAGCUGGAACCUUUGCAUUAUUGGCACUCCUUACUUUUCAUGGACCAGUAUAACUAUGGUGGUAUUCAGGCUAAAAUGCAAAAUGCAACAUCUGAGGGCAGCUCAGAUGGUGAUAACGAUAUCGACAUCGUCUCAAGCUGGAACAUAGCAGAAUACCUGCCUAAAGCUACACAAGAUCACUUUGUCUUAAUUGUAUCGGAGUUUUUGUAUGUUCCAUGGAAAUACAUGAAAGAACAAGUAGCUCUUCGAUCAACUACAAGGGAUGAGACCUCAUGCACACCAUCUAUAACAAUCAUGGCUGCUGAAAACCUUGAGGUUCAAGUCAUAGGAUAUCUCCGUGAUCAGAUAAGUAAUUACUUUGCAGACAAGCUUCUCAGGAUUGUAAGUGAUAUACUUCAUCAUUUCAAAGGAAAAGGCAAGUCCGAAUCAGUUGAACUUACAAACAGAGAACCUGAUCCUCACACACAUAAGGGAGAUGCUGCAUUAGAGUUCAUUAAGCAUAUAUGUGCUGUUCUUGCUCUUGAUCAGAAUGUUCAGCAUGAUAUUCUGAGAAUGAGGAAGAACUUGUUAAAGUUAGUUCGUGUAAAGGAGUUUGCUCCAGAAGCACAGUUCCAAGAUCCAUGUGCCUCAUUCACUCUCCCCAAUGUGAUUUGCAGCUAUUGCAAUGAUUGUCGGGAUCUUGAUCUCUGCCGUGAUUCAACACUCCAAGGUCAGGAGUGGAGGUGUGCUGUGCCGCAGUGCGGGCAGCCAUACCAUCGUGAACAGAUGGAAAAUGCACUUCUACAGGUAGUCCGUCAGCGAGAGAGGCUCUAUCACUUGCAGGAUUUGGUCUGCCUCCGCUGCAGGCAAGUGAAAGCGGCACACUUAUCUGAGCAGUGCUCCUGUGGAGGUGCAUUCCGGUGCAAGGAAGAAUCAUCGCAAUUCCUCAGCAAGAUGCGGGUUUUCCUAAAUGUUGCGGUCAGUCAAAAGUUCGAGCUGCUUCAGGAUGUUGUCCAAUGGAUUCUAGAGGUCAGAUGAUGUUUAUCACUACAUUAGUUAACUUGACAUAAUAUAGUUGAUCUCUGAUUUUGACCAGCUUACAUAGACCAGUGCAGCAAACAUUGUACAGAAAUGGGUGUAUAGCAGUACACUUGCAGUUUUCCAUAUUGUACUGUAUUUUUUAUUUUGGCUCUUUCAUGCUGUUCAGUAGAACUAGAUUGUCCCAUCCUGUUUGGAUGGGGCUUGACCUGCCAGAAGUGGUAUCGAGGGUUACUCAAGGUGUAUGUAGCUGUAACGUUAGUGCCAGCCUUCAACCCUGAUUGUAUAUCGAGAAUUUGUCUGUUUCACAUAUUUAAAUGUGAGCUGAUUCAUCUUUA